AUGCCUUACAAUACCCGCCGGAAGUCCCUGUCGCUACCGUCGCUAGGCAUCCACCUGCCAAAUGCCUCGCGUUCGAACCGGUCGCCGUCGGCAUCCAAGGCGUCUAGUGCGACUGACGAGCCGUUUCCGCCGUCCAAGAAGGUAAAGAGGUCGCAUGACCCGGAAUCACAGUCGCCAGACACGAAUACAGCUUCUCUCCCAGCUGCCGCUCAGGGAAAGGGACCUGCGGAUGGGAAUCCGUCAAAGGGCGCGCGAGGUGCCUACGAGCACACGCCGCCGCCCUCCCCCGCCGACGGAGGCAUCCCCAAAGUCGAUACUGAGGGAAUCAACGACGACGUCGUCGUCGCCGCCAUCCAGCAGUUGGAGAAGACUGGGAACCGACCGCAUCUGGUUCGAGAACUGGCUGCCGUGCUAACCACGGUCAACGAGACCGUCGCAAAUUCCGCCAAUCCUGCCGCCUUGCUCUCCUCUCGGCUAAGCGCCUACAUGAAGCGCCCGUGGACCGCGCUCUCUCCUUGCCCGAUCGCCAAGGAGUUAAUACCGGUCCAUCCUCGCAAGGUGUUCUACUACCUCACGACCUGCCCCGCCCAGCCUCUGCCGGAGAACCUGGACGAUUCUGUCAUCGUGGACGGGAAGCGAAUGACGCCCAGUCUGUCCAGCGCGAGCGUCGAUCAGGAUGAGGAGGACGCUCUGGCUAGGGAGCGCGCGCGUCUCAGUCCCAGUCCCGAGGUGGACCUGUCGUCCCCCGAGUUUGAGGAGGAUCAAGCAGACAUGAACGGCCAGGCCCCUGGCGACCCAGGCGCGCCUGGUGGCGGUUUCUCCGAUCCCCGCCAUCAUCGCCUCGUGCACAAUCACCGGGCUGCUUCUCCGCCCCUGGAGGGUGACGAGAGGGAGUUCACCCAGACCGCCAGCUCUGUUCGCGAACGCGCGUCGGAAGAAAAGGCCAGCCGGCAAGGGACGGCCAGCGUCGCGAGCUUCGACGGCGGCAAUGAGUCCAAAGGGCCGACGGAAGGCUUCCCGGGGUCGCCAAUGGACGAGGACCCCCUCUCGUCCAUGGCAGAGAACCAACUACACGGGGAUCAAUAUGGCGAUUACUUCUCGCAUGGAGGCUCCCACGAUCGGGAGCAGGAUCUGGACGAGGCGGCCGCUGCGGCGCUCUUUGGCACGUCGCCAUCGCCGUCGCUGUCUUCGGUAUCAUCGUCGCUCUCGUCUGGCACGAGUGCUACGUCGGCUGCUGGCUCAACCGCCGAAGGCUGCGACGAGGCAACGAACGGCCUUCACUCGUUGAAACAGAGUAUUGCUGACAGCGUCCGUGGUGCGACUCCCGCGUCUGUAGUGGACGACUUGCCCGCGGCCGCCGCUCCGGUGUCGGCUCUCAAGCGCACCAUCGAUAUGGUCGAGACUGGUUUCUCAUCCAAAGUCGACAUGCCGCAGAAGCAGCUGAGGGCGACGACGUUUGAUUUCGACAUGAUCGUUGAUUCGUGGAGUGAUCUGCGCAGCCCAGAGACCGUAGAGGUCGACGAGCUGGACGAGAUGUUCGGGGACAUCUGA